AUGGAGGACGGCGUGCGGCCGGCCGAAGAUGGCGAGCCCGAUGUGUUCUUUUCCCACUCGUACACCGACAAUUGCCGGCGUGUGGACAUGGCACUCUUCGAGUGCAACUGCCCGAACAGCCUCACUUGCUGCUCCCACCUCUAUGCCGCAGUGGUGGCGUUGCCGGAGUACCGGCACCGGGCUGCCUUGCUGUGGGCCAUGCGACAGGAGCUCCGCGCUGCUGCGGGCGGCAACGAGCACCGCUCGAGGGGGGCUCUUGUCCCGGACUUCCAAGCUGCGCGGCGGCGCCUCAAGGUGGCCCUCUUGCGGCGGUUGAACCUGGAGGAGCUCGCGGAGAGCGCGUUGGAUGCCUCCCUGGGGCUUUGGGCUCGGGUGGAUUGGCUGCGCCGAGGCGAGCGUCCCAAGCUAGAGAAGUACUGGGCGCAGAAUCUGGAGAAGGUUCUUGUAGGCAGAUCCGCUUUAGAGAGCGGCAAAGUGCUGCAGGAGCGAGUCCAAGGGUUACUGGAGCAGUUGCGGAUGAGCGACUCCGAACUGGGUCCACUCCUCUUGGCCCUGGCGAAGGGUCAAUGCGACGAGAAACGGUUGCAGUGGUCCACCUUGUCGCAACGAUUUUGGUCGCAGCUGGCCGAGGACACAAAGAAGAGCGAAGAAGGCUCUUCCCGUGUGGAAGAGGUUCGCCUGGCCUCGGUGACAGCCAUCUUGGAAGCCGCGGCGGAGCCCGGCUGGGAGGAGAAGCUCGGGGCGGAGCGGCUUUGGGCAUGUGAGGAGCGACUCCUGAAGAGCCUCGGCGCCACUUCUUUUCCUGCGCUGAUGGUCAAGAAGGCAGAUUCCCAGGAGUGCUAUCGCAGCUUUGUUGAGCUCAUUGCAGAUUGGAAGGAGGCUCCGCCAGAGCUUCGUAUUGCAGGUGGAGGCCAAAGUGCCGGAGCCACCGGAGUGUUGGUCCAGCGGGAGGCAGCUUGGCUGCUCAGUGAGCUGGGAAAGGAGCUCCCAGAGCCCGAGGAGGUGCUUCCGCCGUUGCUGAAGCGCCACUUCGGGCUGAUCGGCGAGGAUUGUGACUGGGCCUCGGCCGCGGCGGGAAUCGUGAAUGAGGAUAGCGUGCAGCGGGCAGUUGUCCCUGCACUGGCUGCUGCCUGGCCUUUGCAUGUGGUGCAAACGCAGGGUCCCGCGCUGGGAAGCAUGGCCAAGCAAGGCUGGGAUCAGGCGGCCUUGAGAGUGCUGCAGGCCGCGCCUCCGGUCGCUGAGCUGCGAGCAUGGAUGCACUGGGAUGCCUUGUUCCAAGCCUCGGUCGGGAGUCUACGAGACUUCUUGGAGCGCCAGGCGCCCGGCUGCGGUCUGUGCAUCUUCGAGCUCCCCGGCGCGCGGUUCCUGAAGUUGGACGCCGCCAAAGGCACCUGCGAGGCCUUUGAAGCCGCACUGCUAGCAGCAGACAGUCUUGCCGCUGCGGAGGCCAUGCUGGCGUUCAUCCACAGCUCCAAAGGCAUGCGCUCAGAGCCACUGCAGGCACUGCGGCCAGGGUACCGCAAGGCUGCUGCACAACUACAGGAGGCCUUUCCAGCGCUGGCGGGCCAGCUCCUGACUCACUUGCCCCGGCCCUUCAUAGAGAACCUGGAGGUCAUUCGGCUGCUGCUGGAGCCCUUCCGCUCAGAGGAGACUGCUCUGGUUCACUUUGCCGAGGCCUGUGGCGCGUUGCUGGCCGAGCACGCGGCGUUGGUGGCAAACGUACCCCCCCUGCUCCGGCGCAUUGCCCGGCGCUUUGCUGGCUCGAAGGAGACCCCCGCUCUGGCUCCCUCGGCACCAAGGCCAAAAGCGGCACCUGUAGCGCCGCUUGUCGCGCCCGCGAUUGCAGAGCCCGCGCCCGUGAUUGCCGAGGCGCCGGCGCCGACGGCACAGGGCGCCGAGGGGCUAAUUGCUGCUAUCCGCCGGGAGGAGUUCGGCUUCGAGGGGGAGAAGCUGACGGGCGGGGAGCUGCAGGUGAAGCAAAACGCGCGGCUCGCGCGGGCGUUGAAGCGGCUCGCCGGGGAGCUGUACGGCAGCGACGUGCAUUGGCAGCUCGAGUUGCUGCAGAAUGCCGACGACAACACGUACAAGGAUGGGGUUGUCCCAACCGCCCAGUUCCUCCUGCGGCAUGCAGAAGGAGGAGAGGUGGUCUUCCGGUGCAAUGAGACGGGCUUUCGCGAGGCGGACAUCCGCGCGAUCUGCGACAUUGGCAACUCUUCUAAGGUGGGCGCUGCCAAGUAUGGGCCCGGUGGCAGAGUGGUGGCCACCGGUGAGAAGGGUCUCGGCUUCAAGGCGGUGUUCGCCCUCACUGACCGCCCGCGGCUCUUCUCCGGGCCCUUCCGCCUGGAGUUUGACGCAAUGCAUCCCAGCGGCAUCGGAUACGUGCUCCCCAGCUGGCUGCCGAAGGCUGAGGAGGACUUGCUAAGGCCCCAAUGGGGCUCCGCGCUGCGGUUGCCCCUCCGCGCUGAGCUGCGUAGCAAGCGGGAGGAGCUCUUCCGGCGCCUCGCGCAGCUCCCGCCCUCGCUGCUGCUCUUCCUGAAGCGUCUGCGCGAGGUCUCAGUUCAUAGCGAAGCAGAAGGAUCGUCCGCUCUUCACGUGCGCGCCGAGGACGUCCCGGCGGAGCGCUGGAAGGAAUUCACCGGCCCAGUAGCGCUCAAGGUGUCACAGGACGGAGGCAGCUGGGAAGAGCGUUGGUUGCUGCUGCGACGAUUAGUGCCGGUCCCGGAGGGCCUCAGCAAGCCGGGCCUGGCAUCGGUGAGCAGCACGCUGCUGGAGCUGGCGCUGCCGCUGGAUGAGGAGGGCGGCUUCGACUUUCGAGGACCGCAGCAGGUCUUCGCAUUUCUGCCGGUGCGGUCUUAUGGCCUUCCCUUCGCGCUGCAGGCAGACUGGGCAGUUUCCUCCUCCAGGGAGGAGCUUUUGUCUGGAUGCGCCUGGAACGAGUUCCUGAAGGCGCAGCUGCCCGAGCUAAUGCUGGCGCUGGUGGAGGCUGUGAUGGCAAGCAAGUCCGAGAAGCUGCGGCGCAGCUUCUACGGCGCAAUCCCGGUGGCUGCAGCCUCCUCGUUUUUCAGGCCCGCCAUUGUGCAGCUCCAGAGCAGGCUCCGAGGCUGCAAAUGCAUGCUCACCGACGAGGAUUCCUUCUGCCUGCCGCAGAAGGCCUUGCGAUGUCCUGCUGAGGCCCGCCGCUGCUUCGGCGCGGAGUCACCCCUGCGGAAAGCCUUGGCCGCGCAAGGCCUGCACAUUCUGCAUGAGAAGGUAGAGGCCCAUGCCCCUGCGGGACUGCUGGACGGUUUGGGUGUCUUAAAGCUCAACGCUGCGCAGCUGCUGCGGCUGCUUCCUGCAGUGGAGGCCUUUCCGGGCAUGGCCUGGUGGCGUCAAUGCCUGGCGCUGCUGGACGAGCUCCUGGAUUCUGCGCCUCGGGGCGAUGUGGCGCGACUGCUGGAGGUGGCGCGGGGGCUUCCGCUGCUGCCGGUUUCAGGGGCCAGCAAAACCGGCCUCUCCGCCUGCGAGGGCCUGGUGCUGGCGCCUGAGGCCUCCGAGGCGGAGACGUUCCCACCAGAGUUGCUGGCAGAGCUGCGGGCGGUGGAUCCUAGGUUGCUGUCUGAGAGUGGAGGUGCAGAGAACGAUGAAGGCGCUUUGGCAGCGGCACGUGUCAGGAGGCUGCUGCGGCGCUUGGGUGUUUUGCCGCUCACGCCCAAGAAGGUGAUCAAGGACAUCUUGGCGCCACUCUUCCGCGGCGCGCAGGUGCCCUGCCUCAUGGCGGCUUCCGAGGCGCCCAAGCGUGUGAGCGCCCUGCUGGCCUUCGGCGGCUUCUUGGUGUCGCACCAGAACCUGGCGGAGGACCUCAACGGCGCAGCGGUGGGGUGGCCUCUCCAGUGCCUGCAGCAGGUGGCGGUGGGCCGAGCCUCAGCACCCAUGCUGCACUCGCCCAGAGCCUCCAUAUUUCUGCAGGCCGCUCAGGGGGUGCUGGACUUGAAGCUCCCUGCGGUGCCCCGAGGCAUGGACGCGGCUUUCCUGGGCGAGGCCCUGGAGAAGUUGGACCUGGCACUGCCCGGCCCUCUGGUGGAAAGCGAUCUGGGAGAUUGGCGCAGUAUUGAAUUCGAGCGCCUAGUGACCGCCAUCACAAAGGAGGCCGCAGACGGAGGUGCAGGGAUUGCUCGCGCUCGGUCUCUGGCAGAGGCCAUGCAGAUCGCUUGGCCCCGGUUAACGCGCUUCACGCAGCGAAGCGACGGCAACGCCUCGACCUUUCUCCUUUGCCUACAGUCCUCGCAGUGGCUGCCGCCGGACGACUUGGAUGCGGAGGAUGACCUGCCGCUGCGGCGACCGGGGGAGCUGGUGAGCGGCACUGCGGAGGUGCGCAGCGUCUUUCCGGACGCGCAGCUGCUGCGGGGACGGCUCACCCGGCUCUCAGGCACCUUCGCAGAGGCCCUGGGCGUGGCCACGCGGCCCUCGCUGGAGCUGGCCUUCAAGGUGCUUCAGUCCUUUGGGAGCUGCAGCCCGGUGGCCCCAGAGAGCGCGGCGGCGGUGUACAGCUUCCUGGAGGAGCAAGGCGCAGACCUGGAGGCGCUGCGGCACAGCGCGUGUGUGGUGGUGGCUUCCAAGGCUCCAGCGGAGCUGCCCUGCGACGUAGUUUGGGAGGACGCCCAUGGCGCCUGCGCACUGCCAACUCUGCAGCGGCUCUACAGCGCUCGAUGGCGGCACUUCUUCGUCAAGGGCCUGGGGGUGCCGGAGUCGCCAACGCCGGACCAGGUGCUGCGGCGGAUCGACCAGCUGUCGGUGGCGGGCGAUGCGGCAAAGCUGUGGCCUUGCUUGCUGCUGGUGGCCGAAAAGCUCGAGGAGGAGGCCUGGAGGACCUUAGCGCAGCAGCUGCGGAGUCGCCAGUGCCUGCCGCUGCAGCGCGGGGGUCUAAAAGCGCCUUCCGAAGGCGUUUUCUUGGAGGAUGGGGACCUGCCCAAGCAGCUCCUGGCCAAGCUGAGAGACAGCCUCAGCCUGGCGGCCGAGCCGCCGCCGACACCGGCGGCGCAGCACUGGCCGAAGAUGUUGGAAGCCCUGGGUUUGCGCGGCCUUAGCUCCGUCAGCCGCAUCACUGUGCAGUUUGCGGGGGAGGCCAAGGGAGCCAUGGGCCUCGCGAAGGCAGUGGCGCAGAUGCUGGCGCCGGCCCAAAGGUACUUGGUGGGGCGGCACCGGGCCAUCUACGAGGCCCUCGAGGCAGACUUGGCCCGGAAGCUGGAGUGCCUGCAGGUACGAGAAGUGGAACCGCCACUCAAAAUCCUGUGCAGCGUGGGCGAAGACAUCGAGCUGGAGAUAGAUUGCCACCUGGAGACGCGCAUGGCCGAUGGCUCGCCAGAGGUUCGGCUCUUGCUGGUGGCUGGGGCCAGUCUGGCGACCAUUUGCGUGGAGCUGGCAAGGCUGCUGGUCCCUGCAGCGAAGGAGACAGCCCAUGCCCGUGAGGCACUGACCACCUUCCUGGCCUCCGUCAGCGCGGGGGCGGGGGACCAGGUCUGCGCUGCGCUGCAGCUGCCCAGCCUCGAGGAUGCCGGCGUCAGCCCCUGGCCUGUGCCCAAGGAGGUGGCAGAGCAGCUGGAGGCGGAGCAGCGGCUUCUCGAUGCCCAGGCCGAGGAGCCCGAGAAGUCGCCAGCCCCGCAAGACGUCGAGCCUUCUCUCGGGCCGGAGGAGGUCUCUGAACCGCCUACCAAGCGGCAGCGCACAGAAACUGAGGCCCCAGAGGCUGCGCUGGAGUCCGUGAUGGUCGAGGCAUCGCGGAAGUUGGCAGCUGCUUUGGAGGACCCAGACCUUCCGGAGAUGGAUACUGCGGCAGAGGGAGCAGCAGAGGCUGAGAGCACUUCAUCGGCGGAGCUUCAGCUUGAGGUUGAGGCAUCCCAAGAAGAUCAGAAGGAUGCUGAUGCCCUGCUGAAGAACGUCAGCGUCGGUGAGAAAGAAGGUGCGGAAGGUGAAGAAGGCGACGGCAAGGGAAAAGGCAAAGGCAAAAGCAAAGGAAAGGGCAAGGAUGGAGCUGAUGCCAAGGGUCGGAAGGCCACGGAGCUCGGGGAGGUCUUAGCGAAGCUGCCCGCAGAGCGCACGACUGAAGAGGGAAGUGAGGCGCCAGAGGCAAAGAAGCGCGACUUCAAGACCAGGGUCUACGACUUGGAGGACUUGCGGGCGCAGGGUCGGCGCAGCAAGCUACCGCCGCUGCCGCAUGAGAACACGCUCUCCCAGGAGGCUCGGGAGCAGGUGGGCCGGUGGGGUGAAGAGUUCGUUUACAACUACCUGAAGAGCAAGCUCGAAUCUGAGGAAGGCGGAAAGCGCGUGGUCUGGGUGAAUGAAGUGGAGGAGACCGGCUUUCAGUACGACCUGCGGAUCGAGGACAGCGGCAGUGGCGAGGUGGAUGCCUAUGUCGAGGUGAAGACCUCGCGCGCAAAGGACAAGCAGCUCUUCGAGAUGAGCUACCGAGAGUGGACCUUUGCACAAAAGGAGGGCGGGAAGUUCCUGAUCUUCCGCGUGUCCAAUGCUGGCAAGGAGGAUGUUGAGCUUUGCUCCAUCUCCAACCCCUUCCGCCAGUGGAAGGAGCUGAACCUUGGCCUAUGCCUGACUCUGUAG